AAAGCCAUGUGCAUGUCAGGUUAUACGGUCGCUGGUGUUCCGCUGGCCGUAACAUCCUUGUCUCCAGCGAGUAACAAUCGCUCCAAUGGACAGAUGAGGCAAGCAGACGAUCGACGUAACCUAUAUGUUCUUGGCCUGCCCUUCGAUCUCACAAAGGGCGAAUUCACGGCAAUUUUCUCUCGAUAUGGUACGGUGUCGCAUUCUGUGAUCCUUGCUACAGUGGACAACGCGUCGCGACGCCGGGGUUUCGUCGUCAUGUCUAAUCAUAUGGAAGCUAGAGCUGCGCUGAAUGCGCUCUCGCGGUCGGAAAUUAAGGGUUACCGCAUUGACGUCUCCUGGGCGGUUGUCCAGCGUUCUCAAGGUUUCCUCGAUGGCGGCGACAGAGCCAUGAUGGUUUCUCCUCGUCCUCCGUCUGCUUCUUCUAUGUCUGGCUCUGACGAUUCUAUCUGCGACUCCGGUCUCGUGCCGACUGUUGCUGAUCAUCUCUCUGUACCGGACUCCCAGUUCUUUGGCGCACGGCCGUCUCAAGCAGCAACUCUACUGGUCUCCAAUUUGCCUACACUGCUUUUCUCUCAGACUGUCGAUCUUUACCCUCUUUUCUGCCCCUUCGGAGAGAUCAAGAAACUUGACAUAUUGGACCCCGCUGCCCCGGGCCAGCAGUCGACUAUCUCCGUAGUUGUUCAGUUUGACAAUGUAUCGAACGCCCAAGAAGCCAAGGAUGCUCUCGAAAACCAGGUCUACGCUGGAUACCCUGUUCGCCUUGAGUUUAUGUCACCAUCU